AAAGUUUAUAUUCAAACAGGGGUUUGGAAUAAGCAACGAAUAAUUGACGUAUCGGCGUUGCAUGAAAAGUUAGGAGAGAGAAUGUGUCAAUCUCUGCCAGGAUUUCAUGCUCUAACUGGCUGCGAUUUUAAUCCCGCAUUAUUUCGUAAGGGAAAGCAACGUCCUUUACAGAUCUUAAAGAAAAAUGAAGACUUACAAAAAGCAUUCGGCCAAAUUGGACAUGAAGACUGUGAUGAAACCGUUGUUUUCCCGAUUCUUGAAAAGUUCAUCUGUAAUUUGUACAACUUUCCGUUGUUGAGCUCCGUAAAUGAUGCGCGAUUCGCCUUAUUUUUAAAAACCUAUAAGGUCAAUGAUUUGGAGGAACCUUUCCAGAAAAAAAAAUUGCAGAAUUUUGACUCAUCCACUUUACCUCCUACCCAGGCUGAAUUAACGCAGCAUUUAUUGAGGACCAAAUAUAUUGCUACAAUAUGGAAAAAUGCUCAUAAGAAAAUUCCAUCAUAUUUACGACCAGAAACUUGCGGAUGGAUAUUAGUAGAGGGAAAUUAUACAUUUAAAUGGUUCGACGGACCACAGCUGCCUAGUACAAUACAAGAUAUUAUUGAUACUGGAACAAACGAAGGCGAUGAAGACCUUAAUGCAGAAAGUGAAUCAAAUGAAGAAGAAUAUAUCGAUAGCGAAGGAGAUAUCACGUCCGAAUCAGAUUCCGAUUGCGAAUGUGACUGAAAAUGUUGAUGUGCAGCGCACUUUUUAACCUCGUCUGCCGCGGCUUUAGCCCUCAUUUUUUUGUCUGCCAUUUUGUAAAUGACUUUUGGAAUGUUUAAACUUUAAAAUACAAUAAUUGGCAUUCAUGUACCUUAUGAUUUUUUUUUAAAUUAAUUUUUGCAAUCUUUAGCGCAGUCUGCCGGCGAGUUAGCCCCUCGCAAAAUGUCUGCCAAUUUUUUUACACUUUCUCAAAUAUAUAACAAAACUUUUCCCGUACAUAGAAUCCCUGUACCUUAUGAAUUUUUUCCCACCCAAAAUUCACCCCUUUCACUGCGUAUCCCCCCUUUGCGCCCCAGUUUUGCAA